AUGGGUGUUAUCGUUUUAACUGGUAUUGGUGCUUCAAUUGCUGAAAUUUUAUUACAAAAUCAAGAAAAUAAACUUGUUGUAGUUGCUCGUUCUGAAAAACCAUUAAUUGAAUUACAAAACAAAUAUGGUAAAGAUAGAGUUGUCUAUGUUGCUGGUGAUCUUUCAAAUGAAUCAAUUUCUGAAAAGAUUAUAACUACUGCAAUCGAUUCAUUUGGUAAAAUUGAUUCAAUUAUUGCCAAUGCAGGUGUUUUGAACCCUGUGGAUAAAAUUGCAAAUGCUAAAAUUAACGAAUGGAAAGAAUUAUUUAAUAUUAAUUUCUUUUCCAUUGUUCAAUUAGUUUCAAAUGCCUUACCACAUUUAAGAUCUUCAAAAGGUAAUGUUGUUAUUGUUUCCUCAGGUGCUUCAACUAAAUAUUAUGAUGCUUGGGGUGCUUAUGGUUCUUCAAAAGCUGCUAUAAAUCAUUUUGCAAUUCAAUUAGCUGGUGAAGAAAAAGAUGUUUCAAUUGUUUCUGUUGCUCCAGGUGUUGUUGAUACUAAUAUGCAAAAUGAUAUUAGAGAUAAAUGUAAGUAUUAA